ACGAGUCAUGAGGAAUAGUUGUGGUAACUACGAAAAUGGCGACGACAAGCCAAAAUCCACCACCAAACAAAGGUCGUGUUCAGAUUAUUAGAUCUUCACUUCCUUAUCAAAUACUACUCUACAUCAACGGAUGGUAUUUUGCAUUUUUCUUUGUUGCAGAAAUUCUUAUAUUUGCCUUUAAAGGAGAGACAUUGCCUUUUCCCUCCAGUGUUUUGGCCGCAGAGGUCAUUUUACUUUUCAUUCUUGCUGGAAUUGAGGCAUUGCGACUGUUUUUUGGUCAAAAGGGUAAUUUAACAGAGCGGAUUAUUGGUGUUUUGACAAGCAUACUUCUCAGUGUUCCCGCUUUAUUUGGUGCGAUUUAUUUGAUACUGUGGCAGACUUAUGUUUUACGGAUUGACAUUGUGUUGUCUGCCAUUCAGCUCUGUUUCAUUUGCCUGGAAACAAUUUUUGGAAUUGUCUCGAUGGUUACAUUUGGAAGAGCAUCUCCCUAUUAAUUAGAGGAUGUGACACACGCAUGAAGAUGGGGAAGUGAUAGUUCAUUGUAACUGAAGCAAGGUGAAUCUAGUAUAGAGACAGCAAGGAGGCGGGCUUUGGAAGUCAGACAACCCAGGUGAAAAACCACUCUUCACAGCAGACCUUACAGCUCAUGAACCAUGAAGAUGAGCCAUGAAGCUGAUUUCCAUAGCAAUACAUAUGAAUCCCAUAAUUGACAAGGUGGUUGAGUAUUUAUAUGAUGCUUAUGGAAUUUUCUCAUCUGACAGAUGUUGUUAUACUGUGUGGUAUGAAGACAUGUCAUUUGUGAAAUGCUACAUGUAGUAUGAUAAUUUUAAGUGUAAGGAAGAGAGGAAAUCUGCUUGGCAGGACUUCUGUCUAAUCUAUGUGCCAAGGGACAGACCUGACGCUGUCUCAAAGGGGAUUGACAACGGGAUCAGUGGCACCUUUUUGUGUACUCUCAUUGCUGAUAUUGCCGUCCAACUUUACAGUGUUCAGUUGAAGUGAUGUGUGUUUGUUUGCUACUGACAAAGGACAAGCUGUAAAAUGGGCCUCCAAAUGGGCCACAUUUAAUGUUCAAAUGGGUGUUAGAUGUCAAUGUAGCUUAAGCCAUAAGAGAAGUGGAAACCCAUAGGUUUAGCAUUUACACUUGUAAGCUAUUUCUAGGAAAAUAUAUUUUGUAUUAAAAUAUUCUGAUAUGAAAUACAUGUCAUAUUGAAAAUUCUAAGGCUUCCUAGGUGGUGUAUAGUUUCUACAACUUUAAUUAUUGUAGGCCAGCAUUUUAGCAGGUAGAACACUAUAUAUAUGUAGUCUUGACCAGAAUAAACCAUCUUUCAAAAGUGUUAAUUUUUCCUAUGCAUGUGACAACCACAAAGAAAGGUUCCGAAUUUGAGUUUUACUGUCCUUUGAAUGUCCGUAUAAAUAGGCAUAUGAUAGACUUCAAACUACGGUGCCUUUUUCACCACAAUGUAUACAAAAUUUUGGUCACAAGACAAGUCGAAAUAUUAAAGCAUUAUGUAGACCAGUGAAAUUCUUAAAGAGUUUCUGGCACUAUGCCUUUACAAAGUGUGGCUGUGAUAUGGCGCAAAGACAUAACCAUUCUUUGUAUAGUGUGUUUCAUCCUCAUUUGUUGCUGUAUGUUAACCAGUGUUCAUGACCAUGUAUUCUUAAUAGUCCAUGGCAUGGUAGUUACUGGUAUGUUGUUGUCUUGUAAUGUUGUACCGGCAGAUUUUCCUGUCACAAAAGGUGGAACUUGUGUACGCUGCAGUUUCAUCUGUGACGUACUUGAUCUACCCACUGGGACGUGGCUCUGUUGACGCUGCAGUUGAAUGUUCAGCGUCACGUAAGUAACGCAUGAAGUCCCACUUCGAAUUUCUGCCAGUAUCCCAUUGUAGACAAACUGUCUACAGGAGGUAUAAUCGCAUAUUGAACAGCCGUUCAUUACGUUUUAUGUAAACCAUUCCAUUCUGUGUUCAAGAUUAUGGCCCCAGGAUUACAAUUUAAGAUCAUCGGUUGCUGACCAUUAAUGGUAUCAUUGUUUCUAUAUCCUUUUAUUUAGACCGAAUAAAAUU